AUGACUGCAACACCACCAGAGACUCAACAAUCUAUUGUCUUGUGGCUAUCUCGCAUCUUGCCGCCGGACCCCAAUACCGACGACCACGCCGUUGCUGACGCAAUCGUACUGGAGGCAUUCGCGAAGCGCCCGUCAACCUUGCCUUCGCGAUCCGAACACGUUGAGCCCCGACGGAAAAGGCCUCGACUGCUAGACUCUGCACAUGACCAUGACAUCGAAUCUUCGAUAUACGGCUUGAUCCCAACACCGCCCGCCACCGCCGUGUCCCGUAUGGAGCCAACGCCGGCUUCGCAAACCUCCGGGGAGAAGCGCGCUCUCGAAGAAGAUGGCGAUAAUGAAGGUGACAGCCCCAACACCACAAACGCUAAUCGUGGCGGACAACACAUCACUCGCGACGGCGAAACGAUGCCUCGUGCAGAUGACCACAUGCAUUUCCAAUCUGAGCCUCUUAUAUUUCAGGCGCACAUAAGCCAAGACAGCACUUCGGCCCCAAACACAGUUGCACCCUCCGUCGUUUCUCGCGCGCCGUCUCUACCCUCGCGGACUUCCUCGCCAACUAAGCAAAUGCGCUACGCUUCGCUUGACAUCACAGGAUACUCGAUCAAGAGCUUCUCUGCUGAUGCGGCGACAAUGCCCGCUUCGUUGACUCAAGUUGUCCUUCACCUUACCGACAUCCAGGAAAGAGUUGGUAUUGUACCGAAAUACUUAAAAGAUGAGCUCGCAAGCUACCGUGUUCGCGACUUUUCCUUCUACAAUCCCGAGUCCGUCGUCCGACGGUGGCAGUUUCCGACGGUGACAUUCGUCAGGAAAACCAUGGAGCGGGCCAUACAAUGCGCUGUCUCCAGAGAGCUUGAGAGUUCUUGGAACCAGGAUGUACAUCGGCCUCUUCUUGACUGGGUCUUCCGCCCCGAUUCAGGUCACUCUGCGGUGGACUUUCGAUACUGCAAUGCUGCCUCCAUUAUUCCUCGCUUCAGGCCCAAGACUGUCCCGUCCAAGAUGGUGGACUAUUGCAUUCACGUCGUUCCAACUACGGAAGAGAGAACUCGUAUUGACCGACUUUGCACCACCAGACCGGCGGCUUCAAUCAACCAUACUGACUGGGGCAAUCUGAGCAGCGACCCUAUUGCCCUCUCUGUUGAGACCAAGCGCGAUGGUGAGGGUUUAGAACAGGCACUCUCGCAGAUUGGCACUUGGCACGCGGCUCAGUGGCGAAGCCUAUUGCUUGAGAAACAGCAACCCCCUACAGAUAUUGACUUCCUACCAGCCUUCAUCGCCCAGGGCCAUUCAUGGUACUUUGUCGCCACUACGCGUCAUGAUUCAGGCCAAGCGUGGCUUUACACCAAGAUGGAGGUAGGAACCACCGAAACGCUGAUCGGUACAUUCCAGAUACUGGCCGCUCUGCAGUACUUCAAGUGUUGGAUAGAGGAUAGUUACUGGCCCGCAUUCCGGAGAUACAUGCUGGCUCUGGGCUGA